AUGGCCCCCACUACUUCAGAGCCAUACCCUCCAGAAUUGUCAAGCGCGGAAAUAGAUCAGCUUAUUUUCACGAUAAAAGACUGGACAAUCGCUCAUGGAUUAGCAGUCAGACCACCGCCAGCUCUUGUAGCCACGGAAAAUGAUCCUAAUGUGAUUCUGGCCACAACUGCGCCAGUUACGAUUUUCCCUAGUCCGUUUCCUCGAGUAUGCUUUGACCAAGCGAGAUCUAUUCAGGUCGCUUACAAUAAUUUGUAUGCAUCUAUUGCUCAAGACGAGACUUUCCUGGAGGAGAUAGUUCAAGAAAUUCUGGAGGUCGAUGAAUUCAUUGCUGAAUUAUGGAAAGUCCAUCUGAAAGUCAAGGAGGAAGGAUAUUCACAGAGCAUCUCGUUGGGCUUGUUCAGGUCUGACUACAUGGUUCAUCAAGCCACCGAUGACACGCAACCUGUGAUCAAGCAAGUGGAGUUUAACACUAUCGCAUCUUCGUUCGGUGGCCUGUCCCUCCAGACAUCUAAACUUCACAAAUAUCUUUCCUCGAUCAGUUAUCCACUUCUCCAACAACCUCUAAAUCUUGGGGAAGAACUACCUCAUAACUCCAGCACGAGCUCAUUAGCGUCUGGUAUACGGACUGCAUUUGAGGCCUAUUCAAAAGGCAAAACUCCGCAUAAGUGUUGUGUUCUCUUCAUAGUACAAGACCCAGAAAGAAACAUUUUUGACCAGCGACACCUUGAAUAUGAAGUUCAGCAAAACGGCUCACCUAUCCCCGUCUUCCGACUACCAUAUUCCCAAAUCGCCGCCCAAACAUCCCUAGCAUCCACUCCUCUCCGCCAACUCCUAUUCCACCCACCGAACAACCCAUCCCAAACCUUCGAAGCAGCAGUCGUAUACUUCCGCGCCGGCUACGGACCCUCUGACUACCCCGACGCUUCCGCCUGGGAAGCACGCUACCAAAUCGAACGCUCCCACGCCAUCAAAUGCCCCAGCAUCCUCACCCAACUCGCCGGCGCCAAAAAGGUCCAACAAGUCCUCGCCACACCCGAUGACUCCUCAAACCCCUCCAUCCUCUCCCGCUUCAUGACCACCUCCCCCUCAGAAACCACCGUCCUCUCAAAAACAUUCACAAACAUCUUCCCCCUAGACACCACACCCUCCGGUCUCCACGCCCGCAAAAUAGCUCUCGACCCCGAACUCUGCAAAGGCUACGUCCUCAAACCGCAACGCGAGGGCGGCGGAAACAACAUCUACCGCACAGCUAUCCCGCCAUUCCUCAACUCGCUCCCUGAAACGCACUGGAAAUCGUAUAUCCUGAUGGAAAUCAUCACGCCGCCACCCGUUCACAAUACCAUUCUGCGUAACGGGUUGGUGGAGAAAGGAGGUGUGAUUUGUGAGUUGGGGAUUUAUGGGACGUGUUUGUGGGAUUGCAAUACCAAGGAGAUUCUGCAUAAUGAGGAGGCGGGGUAUCUUUUGAGGACGAAGGGGGAUAAGAGUGAGGAAGGUGGUGUUGCUGCCGGGUUUGGGAGUAUGGAUAGUGUGAGGCUUGUUUGA